AUGUUAAAGAGUGUAAUGUACCAUGUAUCUUCUAAAUGGCUCAUGAGACUCUCACAGCAUUUAAACAUCUCUGUUCUUUAAAGCCGUUCCACUUACUUUUAAAUGGUUUAUAUGCUGGUGGAAACUGAUGAGUUGCGUGUAACAGAGCUGGUGGUCCUCCGUCUGCUUUGGUUUGUAGUUUUUGUUUUUUUUUUUUCUUUCUUUUUCUUUCCUGGCGUUUCUAAGAUACUGAGCAGAGCUCACUCCAUGCACGCAACGCCGGAGGGUUAUAGUGAGCGUAUUAGGAGUGUAUGUGAGGGAACCUUUGUGCUAGUGUGGACUAAUUUGUAUGUAUGAGUGUGCGAGGGUGUUUACUGUACAGUUAUGUUUUUAUUGGAUGCAUGCGUGUGUGUCUUGGUUCUGCGUGUGUGUGUUCAGUUUUAUGUAGGGGUGUGUUGAAGAAUGCCUGUUUGAGUAAUCUUGCUCCACAAGCAUAUUUGUGUUGAAUUUGGACGUUCUAUUUCACAUUUGACUCGUGAACAUAGAAAUAACACAACAUUUUUCAUGCUAAAACCAUUUUUUUUAAUCUCUUGCAGGAACCUCAGCAACAACCGAAUCCGUAUUCUGAAAAAUGGCUCCUUCGCCGGCUUGUACUCCCUGGAUAAACUGGACCUCAGGAAUAACUUGAUCAGCACCAUAAUGCCUGGAGCCUUCCAGAGUCUGACAGCGCUGCGGAAACUUGACCUGUCCAACAACCGGAUUGGCUGCCUGACUCCAGAGAUGUUCCAGGGACUUACCAACCUCACCAAACUUAACAUCUCGGGCAACAUCUUCUCCUCACUGGAGCCCAGCAUCUUCCAGGAGCUUCCCUCUUUAAAGCUGGUGAACUUUGACUCAGAGUUCUUGUCCUGCGAUUGCGGCCUGCGAUGGGUGCCUGGAUUCUUUCGCUCCAGCUCGGCCCGGCUUGGAGAUGAGACCUACUGCUCGUAUCCAAGAAGGUUCCAGAACAGGCCGCUGCGAGAACUACGAGAGUCUGACCUGAGCUGUGAUGGCCCUUUGGAGCUGCACACUCUGUCUUUGUUGCCCUCCCUGCGUCAAGUUGUGUUUAAAGGAGACAGGCUGCCUUUCCACUGUACUGCCGCCUUGGUGGACAAAAUCACCACAUUGCACUGGCUUCACAAAGGCCAACAAGUCAUUAAUGACCCUGAGAACGGAGUUCACCUAGAGGACAGUGUGCUACAUGACUGCACCUUCAUCACCAGCGAGUUGAUCCUGUCGAACAUGAAUGUUGAGGCCAGCGGCGAGUGGGAGUGUGUGGUGUCCACGGGCCGAGGAAACACCUCACGUAGCGUGGAGAUUGUGGUUCUGGAGAACAGCGCCACCUUCUGCCCUGAACAGAGAGUGACCAAUAACAGAGGAGAGUUCAGAUGGCCGAGAACUCUGGCGGGAAUUACUUCGUAUCAGUACUGCCUGCAGCUGCGCUACCCAUCCGUGACUGUAGGAGGCAGUGUGGAACAGAAAAGGGCAUCUCGCUACUGUGACCGCUCAGGACGCUGGGAGGAAGGAGACUAUUCCCAGUGCCUUUACACGAAUGACAUCACCAAUGUUCUCCAUACUUUCAUACUGAUGCCCAUCAAUGCCUCCAAUGCUGUGACGUUAGCACAUCAGGUGAGGUCAUACACGUUGGAGGCAGCAGGCUUCUCAGACACUGUGGAUGUUCUCUAUGUGGCCCAGAUGAUGCAGAAAUUCAUGGACUAUGUCAAACAGCUACGUGAGCUGUCAGAAGUGCUGGUGGAGAUGGGCAGUAACCUGAUGCAGGUAGAUGAUCAGAUCUUAUCCCGGGCUCAGAGGGAGGAGAGAGCCUGCAGCUCCAUUGUCCACUCUCUGGAGACCUUGGCCUGGCCACAACUCCACCCCAAUGCCCAGGACCUCUCCAUGAUAUCUCGGAACAUUGUGAUGGAAGCUCAUUUGAUACGUCCUGCUCAGUUCACCGGCAUGAGCUGCACUGCCUAUCAGAGACGCGAAAGCUCUGGAGCCAGUUCUGGCUUGGACACAACAGACUCCAUCCAUGAGCAGCAGCUGCGCUUUCGUUGUACCACAGGAACCCACAACGCUUCACUAAAUGCUUUCCCUUUAAAGAAUGCCAUAGCACUUGCUUCGGUCUCUCUCCCUUCAUCCCUGUUUCCUCCAACUGCUCCCAUGGACUGUAAACUGCAAUUUGUGGCUUUUCGCACCGGGCGAUUCUUCCCUUUUGUCGGAAACUCCAGCGGCCUGUCGGACCACGCUCGAAGACGCAGUGUCAACACGCCUGUCAUCUUUGUAGGCCUCGAUGGAUGCACCAUGUGGAACCAGUCAGCUCCCAUCAUCGUGUCGCUGCGGCACACGUCACCUGGCAGUGACCCCGUGGCUGCCCAUUGGAGUCUCCAGGCGCUCAAGCAUCAUGGGAGUUGGAGUUCAGAUGGCUGCCAGUUAGCUCACAGUGACUCAAGCACUUCUACUUUACGCUGCUCUGUGCUCAGUAAUUACGCUGUGCUUCAGGAGGUACCCGAUUUCCCAGGUCUGUCUCCAGCUCCAGUUGAAGUGCUCCACCCGGUGGUCUACACCUGCACUGCAGUUCUCCUCCUCUGCCUCUUCACCAUCAUCUUCACAUACAUACUGCACCACAGCUCAAUCAGAAUUAGUAGGAAAAGUUGGCACACCCUCCUCAACACCUGUUUCCACAUCGCCAUGAUGACCGCGGUGUUUGCUGGGGGCAUCACCCUAACCAGCUACCCCAUCGUGUGCCAGGCAGUGGGGAUUGUCCUGCAUUACUCUUCUCUGUCCACCCUAUUGUGGAUCGGCGUUAGCGCACGUGUCCUCUAUAAGGAGGCCUUAUUGCGGACACCAAGACAACCAGAGGCCGAGGGUGUCGUGCCGCCCACCCAGCGGCCCAUGCUCAGGUUUUAUUUAAUAGCUGGGGGCGUUCCCCUCAUCAUAUGCGGAAUCACUGCAGCUGUGAACAUCAACAACUACGGAGACAACAUUCCUUACUGCUGGUUGGUAUGGCAACCUAGUAUUGGUGCUUUCUACGUUCCGGCUGGCCUGGUGAUCUUGGUGACCUGGAUCUACUUCCUGUGUACCGUGGCCCGCUUGAGGUACCGCAACUCCCAGAGGGCCAAAGACCCUCCGUGUUCCGCCUCUGGCUCCACCCCCUUGCCCGAGGGACAACCAGCUCUUAGUGGCAGCACCAGCUUGCUUUCAACUGACUCUGUGGUUGGCCCAAUGCAUGCUGGGAUUACAGUGGAGGACCAGUACUCGCUGAAGGUGCAGUUCUUGGCACUUGUGGCGACUCAGUUUGUGUUUUUGCUUCUAUGGUGCUGCGGUGCAAUGGCGAUGUGGCACACGGACAGAGAGAGGAAACUUUUCAGCUGUUUGUAUGGGGGAACAGCCACUGGGCUGGGAAUCUUCUUGGUGCUGCAUCACUGUUUCAAGCGCUUAGAUGUCCAAGCAGCCUGGCUAGGGUGUUGCCCUGGGUACCAUCGCUCCCAGCCCAUUCCUGCCUACAGCCACCCCUGUACCACCACUGCUGGGGUCCAGAGCAGCUCGGACCAGGGCUCACAGCUUUUCGUGGGAUGCCAUCCUCUGGCAGAGCCCAACAACUACUCUUCCUCUGCCAGGUCAUCGUCUACUCCUAGCGGCACAAGCAGCAUUGGCACUGGACCCUGUAAGCUCACCAACCUCUUGCAGGUGACGCAAGACAACGCUAACAACACCACCCGUGCUUUGGCAGGCACCAACACCAACACUAGCACAAGCACAGAGAACACCAAUAGCAAGCCUGCUAACAACCUGCUACCCAGUAUUAGCACCACACUGCCUGCUCAGCAGCCACAACGGCGGAAGACUAGCAGUAGAACUAAGGCAGGAAGUACCCAGUACCACCACCGGGGGGAGGGAAGGGGACACUAUCGGCUCAAAGCACUACGUGGAGCUGGGGGUGGGGGCAGCGUGGGUGCCCUGGGUCCACCUGGGAUGGACCAAGUCAGCAUCCAUCAUCUUCACAGACACGCUUCCAGCGAAAACGGAAGCCUCCGGAACAGUCAUUCCGAGAGCCAGAAUGGACCGCUGACCAAUGGGAGGCACCGUGGGGAGGGACUAGCGACAAGCCCUUCGGAAGGAAGCGAUGGCGGCAGCAGUGGAAGUAGGAAGCCCUUUCCGCUGCUGCCGUCAGUGGCAAGUCGGGUCGCUAUGCAGCAGAACGCGCAGAAGCGCAGUGCUAGCAGGGACAACCUCAAACUGGCCGCUGCGGCUGACAGAGACUCUAAGCGGAGCUCGUUCCCACUGAACAUUGCCACAACAGCAGUGACCGGGACAGUCACCGGGACAACCUUGUCAACAACAGCUGCCGCGCCAAACGGAACGCUAAAAGGAUCCGUGAUCGAAUUGGACACGAGUGGAACUGACCAAUCGCAUGGGUCAGUUGGGAUGAGGGGCGGGAUCUGGAAGAGUGAGACGACAGUGUGAUGCUAGAAAGCAGCUAGGGUUCUGUGUUUUUAGGGAAGUACCCCUUGUGCGAUGGGAGCCAAAAGCCUCAGUUGCGUUUGUCACAAGUGAAGCCUCUUGCUUCCUCCAUGAUUAGCCUCCUGUCCUUUUUAUUUUCAUUAAUGCUCAGUGAGCUUUGAACAGCCUGCACCUUCCUGAAACGCACCAGACGGUUCAGCAGAUAACUAAGUGGAGUUGAGGCUUCAGAAGGGGACCUGUCCAGUUCAGUCCCAGAUGUGGAAAACUGAUAAAUGUGCAUGGCAGUUUCGUUCUUUUGAAUAAGUGAAGGGAUGUAUAUGCAAAAGCUGACCCCUCCAAAAUAUGUUUUGUCAAGAAAUGUGCAACAGUAUUGUUUCUCUGUGAUUUGUCUGUCUUUUAUUACAGUAUUAUCUAAAAUGGGUUUUAAAAGCUAUAGAAGGUGUUUGAGUACCGUAAGGUAUCUUUAAGCUCAAAUUUAUCCAUUUUGAUCUUUGUUUCUAUGCAUACCAAUGGAGAUAGAUCUUGAGCUGCAUUCCAAGUUCAUUUUCAGAGAGCUGUUUGUGUUUUGCUUCUACAUCCUUUUUAUACUUAAUGUGCUUGUCUUGCUUUUGUAUGUUAUUUAGUGACUGUGUGAGAGAUGUACAUGUCUGAAUGUAUGUAUGAAUGUAUGGAUGUGUCAGUUGACCAUUACAGUAUUUAUAUCCA